AUGGGGAGGAAGAUAGACAGAGUACUUCGGUUAUUCAAUAAACGGAAUCUCCUCAGAGAGGUAAAUGUUAAACAGGAUGCGUUGCUCCGAAGAAUAUCACAGCUGUCCAUCGACCAAGCGGGCCAUGGAGAGUACAAGGCGAAGAUGGAAGAAUCAGAAAAACAGCUCAAGCAAAGACUUGAAAAGGGGCAGAAGCGCGAGAGGAAGCUCGAGGCCGAGAUACAGGAACUGACCAAUAAGCUCCAUCAGUUGGACCUGGAAGUUGUCCGUCUGUCAAUGGCCAACCAGCACCUAACCAAAGACAAGUCACGACUUUCACAUCAGCUGGACGAGUCACAAGAAUCUCUCAACGAAUGCAGACAUCGAGAAAACGUGUUAGAAAGACAUAAAGCUGAUUUGAAGGAGGAAUGUUGUAAACAAAUCGAUCUUCUCCGGGAACGCGAGCGAAGACUGGAGAAGUCGGAACUGGACCUAGAAAAACUAAACAGCGAACUCGGGAUAAAAGAAGAAAUGUUACAGAAGGUGACAAAGGACCGCAGUAAACUUCUGGUGUACAUGAAGAAGCAGACGGGUCGCCAUGAGGAACAGCUACGGUUGAUCAGGGAACAAUUCCGGCGACGGCUAGCGCAUGCGUAUAAGGACCGCAAAGCCGGGAAACCGUCGCCGUUGACAACGAACGGCAACGAAAUAUUGGUGACGCGUCUGAUGGAGGCAGAGUUUAAGGUUUACCGGCGCGAGCGACUGGUAGACGUACUGGCGGACCGACUGCGCCAAUAUGAGAACGACUUUGACGUGGUCACGGCGUCCGAUUGUGCGCCUUACCUGGACGAGGACUACAAGUGUACCAGUAUAGCCGAUCUCGCGAGAGGUGAGAAUUUCACCCAGGACCUAACAUGUACAGAUGAUACAGAAUCGCCCCACACAGACUAA